CGGGAGCCUGGCGGGGUCAACUCCAACCAGCCGCUGGGCGCAUGGCUGUGUGGGUCCUGCGGGGCCGCCUUGGCCUUCGCGGGUGCUUCGGGGCCGGCAGGUUACUUUGUCCCCGUUUCCAGAGCCGCGGUUCCCCGGGCGUGGAAGACGGGGACAGGCCACAGCCUUCCUCGAAGACACCCAAGAUCCCCAAGAUUUACACCAAAACAGGAGACAAAGGAUUUUCUAGCACCUUCACUGGAGAAAGGAGACCCAAAGAUGACCAGGUGUUUGAAGCCUUGGGAACUACAGAUGAAUUAAGUUCAGCCAUUGGGUUUGCUAUGGAAUUAAUUGCAGAAAAGGGCCACCCAUUUGCUGAGGAGCUUGAGAAAAUCCAGUGCUCCCUGCAGGAUGUUGGCUCUGCCUUGGCGACACCGCGCUCCACAGCCAGGGAGGCUCACUUAAGACGCACCACAUUUGAGACGGGGCCCAUCCUGGAGCUGGAGCAGUGGAUCGACAAAUACUCCAGCCAGCUUCCCCCUCUCACAGCUUUCAUUUUGCCAUCUGGAGGCAAGAGCAGCUCUGCUCUGCAUUUCUGUCGGGCUGUGUGUCGCCGAGCUGAGAGACGCGUGGUGCCUCUCGUCCAGAUUGGUGAGACGGAUGCAAACGUGGCCAAGUUCUUAAACAGACUCAGCGACUAUCUCUUCACGUUAGCCAGCACAGAACCAGGAACUUCUGAUGAAGGCUUCCUGAGAGAUGCAUGCACACGUGUCCACCAUUUGCACACAAUUUGAAGAAGUCGGUGGGAGCCCUAGGUGCGGGCGGCCAGCUUGAGAAAAGACGCCUGCGUGGGAACAGAGCUUCAGGUCUGCCAGUGGCCACGGCAGGUGGCAUCGGGAUCCUGCCCCCGCCGGCAAAUGGACUCUGUCAGAAGACUUCAGGCUGGGGAGUGGGAGGGGAGGAACUCGAUUCUGAUGGCCCCAGGGGUCCUGCCACAGGACCAGGCAGCUGGAGAGAGUUCCAAGCCUGUGGCUCUCCACCUGCAGACUUCAGCGGGGAGAGAGAAACGUUGACUCUCCACUGUCGGGGGGAUUGGAGGUAGGUACGACCUUUCAGGAGGGCAAUUUGGCAAUGCAGACGGAAGUCCUAGAAACCAGCAAUUCCACAGCUGAGAAUCUCUCGGAAGAAAAGAGAUAUGUUUGUGGAGCCAUUAGGAAUUUUUUUCAGUGCAGUGCUGCUCACUAAAGUGAAAAUUUGGAAACAAAUGUCCAACAAUUGGGAGCUAAUUAUUAAAUAAGUAAAAUAUUUAACAAUAAGGGGCUAUAAGAAAUACCAUAAGGCUACUGAAAAUGAUGGUGCCUAUAAGAUUUAUUACUAUGGAAAAUUGUUCACAAUCUAUGAAGUAAAAAAAACACCACCCCACCAAGUUAUAAAAUGAUAUAUAGUGGAUCCAAAUCCUGUAAAAGAAACAUAUGUGUGUAUACCCCACAGAAAAAAAAAUGCAUGGAGCCCUUCCAUAUAUUAAUAUUUCUCUCUAAGUCAUGGGACGAAAAGGUGUUUUAACUUUCAUUUUUGUUUGGAUUUUCCUUUUUUUCUUUUUUAACAAUGAGUCUGGGUUGGACAAAGGCUUACUCGUGUAAUAAACAUGAAUGAAAAAGAAAAUAAACUGACAA